CACAGCUCUUGGACAUUUGUCGAUCCGCUUGAACACUGGGAAGGAGUUGCGAAAGGGUGAGGAAAGGGUGAAAGGAUGGACGAGUUGUGAACAUCUGAAAUUAGGAAUCAAGAAGCUAAUGACCAGUGGAUCGUCCAGAUUUGAACGGGUGGAGCUGCAAUUUGUGAAAUCUCCUAUAUGAACAUCCCAUGGUAAAUGCGUUAAUUGUCCAUUCUAAUUCCAGGUCUUUGUAACUUCAUCAUGGCUCUGCUUGCAAUUGCUCUUGCGUGUCGAUAUCAUGGAGCUGCAGUUACUAAAAUAGCAAAGCUCACGUAUAUCCAGCAAGAAUCCUUCCUCUCUUCCAGCACUAAAGCAAAUAGAGAAGCCGUUGAAAUAAAUAAACAUUUGGCAACAUGGGACAGGUUUGGCAUUUGGUUAAAUGACCCAAUUAUCCAUCUGCCUCGAAUAGGAGAGCUUCAAAGUAAAAAGGUUGCUAACGUUGGCUCUGCAAGUCUGACUGGAGAAAGAAGGCAGAAUGAAGAUCGUUUCAGUAUAGCUGAACUUGCCAAUGGGUUGUUCUGCUUUGCUGUCUUUGAUGGACAUGGAGGGUCUGAUGCUGCUGAGUAUUGUUCCAGAUAUAUUGGACGUUAUAUACAACAUAAUCUACAGACAGAAGUAAAUUUGGAAACGGUCUUGAUGAAAUCCUUUCUGCAAAUAGAUAGUGACUUUGCGCAAAAUAGUUAUGAUUCGGGGAAAGGACAACUAUUCACAUCAGGAACAACCGCAACUGUGGCUUUGUUGAAGGAAGAAUCUCUCACAGUGGCUAAUGUUGGAGAUAGUCAAGCUAUUCUUUGUCAUGAAGGAAAAGCUGAUCAAUUAACACACGAUCACACCCCACGGAGGAGAGAUGAAAGGAAAAGGAUCAAGGAGUGUGGUGGUUUCAUAGACUGGAAUUGUGCCGGCAGCCCAUAUGUGAACGGUCGAUUAGCCAUGACCCGUAGCAUUGGAGAUGUUGAUCUCAAACCAUAUGGAGUAACAGCUCAGCCUGAAGUUAAAACAGUGGAGUUGCAACGUACAAAAGACUGUUUCCUGGUCCUGACGACUGAUGGAGUUAGUGCCAUUAUGGAUGCUCAAGAAGUAUGCGACAUUGUGAAAAAAUGCCAAGAUCCAUCAGAAGCUGCAACCGUUGUAAAUGAGCAGGCAUUGCAGUACGGAACCCAUGAUAACGUGACAACGAUAGUGGUGCCAUUCGGGGCUUGGGGAAAGUACAGUACUUCAUUCACUCGCUCUGGGUUUGGAAGAAUGAUGGUGGCAAGUUCCAGAUGGCAUUGAGUGCUGCGCUGAUAUCAGAAAACACACCUCUGUAGUCUGGAUCUUAUUUGUAAAACCAUGCAAUUAUAUUGUAAGUACCGUUUUUUAACAACCACUGCGGUGGUUAUAAAUGUUGAUAACUGAUGGGACAACACAUUGAAAUACCCCUUUACAAAAUAAUAUAUUAUUUCUCCAUAUUGUUUCAUCGCCCCAGGGCCUGGGCCAUUGACUCCACCGAUCUUCACCUCCCCCAUGGCCGCUGAAGGGUCUGUUUCUAUGCUGUAGCUCUGAACUAAACAAGUUCCUGUCUAAUACCUUCAAAAUUAGUCCUACCCCAAUUUAUAACUUUACCUUGUGGGGCCCACAUGUCUUUAUCAAACCUAUUUUAAAGCUGUAGUCUCUGGUCCCUAAAGGCUUGCCCACCAACACUUCAGUCACUUGGCCUUUCCAAUAUCCUAACAGUAAGUCAAGCUUUGCUCUCACCUUGUAGGAUGCUCUACAUAUUACCAAAGAAAGUUUAUUGAACACUUUUGACAAAUUCUACCUGUCUAAACCCAUGGCAUUAUGGCAGUCCCAGUUUAUGGGUAAAGUUGAAAUCCCCAACUAUGACAAUCCUAUUAGUCUUGCAUGCUCAAGAAGGAACUGCAGAUGCUGUAGAUUCGAAGGUAGACAAAAUUGCUGGAGAAACUCAGCGGG